UCUCGCUUCCCGCAAGUCACUGGAAUCAAGCCAAGCUUUGCAGUUCAUACUAAUAUGAUAUAAUUCCCUCGAUGGUGGCGCUUGCCAAUUGUCCAGCACUAUCACAGUUUCGACUUUUGGCACGAUGCGACCUCAGACUUUUCUUUUCGGACUAGGCGUUGUUAGCACGGCUUCUGCAGUUGCUACCGAGACUGGUAAUGGUACUGCCUACAGUGGUGCCGGCUUGGUUGGACUUGGUCGAACCGUCUUCGAACCGUCUUGCUGCUACGCAUGUUUGUCUUCCCUAUGGGCCCUUCAACUGCCAUGUACUCCAGCACAAUAUAUCGAGCUGAGAGUUGGUAACCCUCCACCAUGCCACGCCAGAUACCCUUACUACCUUAACUCAUUGGCAUAUUGUAUGGAGGUCAAGUGUGCAGCAGACAACACUGUCAGUCCUGCUCAAGUCGAAACAUGCUGGAAUAACGUUGCUGGCGAUGGACUUCCGGUGCCUUCUUUGGAAGCUGCGCUACCGAAGGUCCCUCCCACUCACCAACUUGCAUACAAUGCUACGAUGCUCAACACGACAAUGCUUGUGAAUGAUCAGAUGUAUGAAGACUCUAAGAGGACUAUCGAAGCCUAUGUUAGGCAAGAGUCUGCUCACGCACGAUAUGGAACUGUUCUCAUUGUAACUGCAAUUGGAGUCUGCUUCCUCAUUGGCUUCAAGCGCAUUAUCAACUACUACUUCCCAGCUUUGGGACCACCUCGAUUCGUCUCAUCUCUAUUCUCGAAAUACCUCUUCGAACCAGCCUUGAUCGGAUCCCUGCAUCUUAAGAAGUUCCCGCUGAGCAUAGGAUAUAUCCCAUCAAGAUGGCUCUCACUCUUGAUCUUGGGCUACGUUGCUCUCAAUGCUGCUCUCUGCUCGGUCAACUACCCCACCACUACUAGAAACACCUGGUAUCUAUCAGAGCACAAGCAACAACUGUCUGCUGUGGCUGAUCGAUUGGGUGUUCUGUCCUUCGCCAAUAUCGCUCUUACGAUCAUGUUCUCGGGACGAAAUUCUCCCCUGAUUUACAUCACUGGAGCAAAUCGUACAGAUAUCAUCACCAUCCACAGAUGGGUUUCACGAGUUGCAGCUCUUCAAGGCCUCAUCCACGUCCUCCUAUACUGGAAGAAUACCAAUCCCGCAGGCUGGGACAUGUUCACUCCAGCUGCCAAUAUCCGAGUUCUUGCCUUCACUCCUGGUUACUGGGAGAAUGGCGUCUAUGGUAUCGUCGGACUUUCUUUCGUCGGUUUUGUCUUCUCCAUCCUACCGUUGAGAACUCACCUUUAUGAGAUUUUCAUGUUUUUCCACAUCGGCCUCGCGAUCCUGACUUUGUAUGGUAUCUGGUGGCAUGUCACCUACCGUUUCCAUCACACCUAUGGUUACCAGACAUGGCUGUACAUUGCAUUUGUGAUGUGGGGGUUUGAUCGAGUUGUUCGACCAAUUCGCAUCGUGCUUCUCAACUGGAAAUCCUGGUUCGUGCGAAGCCACCCUUCCGCCAUCGUCGAGCUUCUUCCUGGAGACCAAUUCAUCAGGGUCACUGCUUUCCCUUCCAGAAAAUGGGACUUCAACUCUGGUCAACAUUGCUUCCUGUACUUCCCAACACUUCUCACUAAUCCACUUCAAUCUCACCCCUUCUCAAUCGCAGGCUGGAACCACGGCACGAAAUACAAUUCCUAUCCCGCCUCGGAAUCUACGUCAGACUUCAAUCUCAACCCUGUUGAAGACGACGAUGAUUUCAUCGAUCUGGCAGCAGUGACUCGACCACCGAAGACCUACGGAGGAGCGCCUAUUGAGCUUACUCGUCCAGGACGACGUGUCGCUUCUCACUACACCAAACCUGUACCAAGCAUUUCUUUCAUUAUUCGUCCUGAAAAAGGACUCACUCGAACACUACACAAGAGACUCCUCAAAACAAGAAAGGCCAGAGUCCCAGUGAUAAUCGAAGGACCUUACGGUCACACACCAACCACCACCCUCCAUCGUUCUCGUACCAUCAUCGCCAUCGCCGGUGGUAUCGGCAUCACGUCUAUCCUGUCUCACUUGCAAUCUUAUCUCGAAUCCCUCGGAUCCAAAGACGAAGGGCAGACCACUCGCUUCUGUCUCUACUGGAAAGCUAGAGAAGAGAGUAUUGUGAGCGCUAUCGAAUCUCAACUUGGGGAUUUGGAGGAAUUAAGAAGGAAGGGUGUAGAGAUCAACAUUUUCUGUUCGGGACAGGGACAGAGGAUGAAUGCUAGAGAUGUGGUGAUGGGAGAGAUCCUAAGUGAGGCGGGCGCCGGGAGGAAGACGGCUGUCAUCAGCUGCGGGCCAGGCGCCAUGAGCGACGGGAUUAGGGCGGCGGUGGUGGAGUGUAUCGGGAAGAAGGGUGUUAGUGUUGAGUAUAUUGAGGAGGCGUUCUGUUGGUGAGUGGUCAUCAGUGAAUUGAAGACUUCUGGAGGUUAUGACAGGAGAAAAAUUGCAGUGUCUGUCCUUCGUUUCAUAGAUAUAGAUUAGAAAGUGUCGGUAUCUUGAGGGAUGGUGUUGGUCAUUGGUCGGCGUUAGAAGAAUUAUUUCUUAUUGGGAC